AUGCUUAUCAGCUGCAUUAUCAUCGUUGUUUUCAUUGAUAUUAGUAGUACCAUCAUUCAGAAACUAUCGAUGUGCUGUCAUCAAGUAGUGACAGACGGUGACAUCUUUACCUUUAAUUGGAAAACCUUCCUUUUAAUUACUAUACCAUACACCUUAUCGUCGCCGAAUUCUGUCAUUUUCACUGCUGCACUUAUUAUGCAGCUAUCAUUAAAGCCGUUGGCGGAAAAGGAAAUGGAGCGGUUGUGGUCAGAUACGACACUAAUGAUAGUAUUCAGUUCUGUUAAUUGGAAUUUGCUUGAUUCUGGUAAUGAAAUUCAUCCAUAUCAGUAG